AUGUUCACCCAGCCAGUUGUCUCCCCGCCUGCGGGCCCUUCUCAGUCGUCUUCGACUUCGACCUCAAGACCUAGUCGUCUUAGAGGUCUCAGUUACUUGCGCAGCUACACACAAAACCAUUUACUCUCGCGCGACAACCACCAUGGUUCCGGUGCAGCAGUCAGCGGCACAGGCACAGCAAGCGCACGCAGCACGUCCCCCAAUCGACAUGGUUUUAGCCUCACGCGAUCCCUCAGCCAUUCGCCUACCAUGAGUGGACCUCCCACUGGAGCCCAGAACACCAACUCCAACCACUUGACCCUCGUCAGUUCGACACCCGAUCCCGUGAGGAAUUUGACAUCAACUCCUGCGACCACCAUAACAUCGAUACCCGCGCUACCUCCAACAUCGGUUCCUGCUUCUACUGCUGCUGCUGCCGCCGUUACAUCUUCUCCUGCAUCAUCUAUCGCGCCUAUUUCUGCCCCUGUGCCAUCUUCACAGCAUUCUGCCGACAUUAACGACCCCACUACCGUUGUGCCAGAAGCCCCUACCACCGCAGACACUCACGCCGCCGCAAACUCAAAUCAAGACCAGAACACGAUGUCGGAAUCUCAAGCAGCCACCGGCGAUGGGGGAUCGUCAACCCCUGAGACUGCCCCGUCAAUUCGAUUCUCGGCCUACUACGACCCGCGCUCUACACGCCCGUCCUUGACCUUUCCCCCCAUCUCCAGGACACUGCCUACAGGCUCUGAGAAGAUCCGUGUCGGACGUUACUCAGAGCGCGAUAGCCAUGGCAUGUCAAAUAUGCCUGGAAACCAACCAUCGGCGGCACCGGUGGGUUUCAAGAGCAAGGUCGUGAGUCGUCGCCAUUGUGAGUUUUGGUAUGAGGAUGGAAAAUGGUACAUCAAGGACGUCAAAAGCUCUUCAGGCACGUUUUUGAACCACAUUCGUCUGAGUCCUCCUUCACAAGAAAGCAAGGCAUUCCCUAUCAACGAUGGAGAUAUUGUGCAGCUUGGAAUCGAUUUUAAGGGAGGAGAGGAAAUGAUCUUUCGAUGUGUAAAGAUGCGCCUCGAGUUGAACCGUGGAUGGCAAAACAAGCUCAACACUUACAACAUGGCCGCACACAAAAGGUUGCAGACAAUGGCGUCCAGUGGGGCAGCUGGUGCCAACUCUCAAGAUUGUUCUAUUUGUCUGAGCUCUAUUGCUCCCUGCCAAUCAUUAUUUGUGGCGCCCUGCUCACAUACAUGGCAUUUCAAGUGUGUCAGGUCACUACUCACCUCUCCCCAAUAUCCUAUCUUUAUCUGUCCCAACUGUCGUGCUGGUGCCGACUUGGAAGCCGAUGUGGAUGAACUCGCCGAAGAGUGGCAGCAGCUUAAAGACCAGGCCGAAGCGGAAGCGUCAACCCCAGCUCAGGUUGAUACCGAACCGGAAACCGAAAUAGCGCCCCCAGCCCCCGACUCUGGAGCCUCAACACCCGAGCGGUCAAACACGGUGGAUGACCACAUGGACGUAACUGUCAACAUCACGCCCGAAACGCCUCGACGAAACGAAGUCAGCCAUGCUAUCUCCGAACCUUUGCCUAUCAGAAAUGCUGUCUCAGGUGCCCGAAGAUCGAGUCAGCUCGGAGAUAGCCGAACGCCAUCGCCUCCAGGCGGCAAUGAGGGCCCUAUCACCCCCCGUAAUAAUGUUGGGCCUUGGGUGUUCGAUGGCAGCGCCGGCCGUACAGUGAGCGCCACAGAAGGCGAAAUGACAAGUAUAGAUGCAGCAGCACAACCGGAUGCGAGCGAAGCCAACACCACAUCUCGAUAA